ACGAAAGAAAAUUCAACAGACCCCACAACUUUUCUAGUAUUCCUCAAGUUAAAUACCUGAUCUCAACCUCAUAAUCCAAACUUCAGAAACAUUUUUCAAAAGCCAUAACCUUAUAUCCCUCUUAGCUAUGGUUCCAGCUCCCCAAAGUGAUUUGCCUCUUAAUGAGAAUGACUCACAAGAGAUGGUACUAUAUGAAGUCCUCAAUGAAGCUAGUGCCCUUACCAUCCCAUAUUUACCCCAAAGAAACCAGCUUAUUCCCAAAAAUGUCCUUCGUCCAUCACAGACCAUAGGAAAGAAGUACAGAGGCGUAAGACGGAGACCAUGGGGAAAAUACGCUGCUGAAAUUCGUGAUUCGGCUAAACAUGGUGCUAGAGUAUGGCUAGGCACUUUUGAAACAGCCGAAGAAGCUGCCAUAGCUUAUGAUAGAGCAGCCUUUAGAAUGCGUGGUGCUAAGGCACUCCUCAAUUUUCCGUCUGAAGUUGUCACAGCCUCUGCUUCAGUAGAUAGAUUACUACUACGUCCCCCAAGUUUGAGCUCAGAUAGUUACACUAAUUCCAACAAUUCAAAUUCUAGUUCAAAUGAAGUUUCAAGUGGGUUGAUUAAUACAUUUGAAUCAAGAAUUUCAACGGAAUUUUCUCAAGAUACUAAGACAGAGUAUAUGGAGAAUUUCUUGGCACUUUGAACCAAUUGCACGGUCGAUGUUAAGUUGUACUAGGAGUUAUAGUUUGUUCACACCUCGAGCAUAAUUUAGACGUGUUUGAUUGUCUCCGUAAUAUAUCUAUCUAGUUGUGUUUUACUUUCACAUUAUAUACUAGUCUUUCUUUUUAUUUUCUUCUUGAAUUGUUUACAACCAUCAUGCGCGCUUUAAUCAUGUAAUUCAUCUGUAAAAAGCUUGUAUCAGAUUUUAUUAGCGCUUCGUUUA